CAGCGCCUCAGCGCGGGGGACCAGCCUGUUGCCACGGCAACCGCCGCAGGGCAGCCUGCAAAGCCGGGAAGGGUCGCGCUGGGCCUGGCCGACCCCCAUUUAAACCCCGCCGGGAUGUUCGGGGACGCGUCGACCGGCGCCCUGGACGUGGAGUCGGUGUGGAGGAGGGACCAGGGGACCCGAUGCGAGGAGAAGACCACCCAGACCAUUGCCGUCCCCACAGCCGAAAAGGUGGCCCAGACCCACCACAGCCAUGAGGUGGGCGUCCAGGCGGACCCCGAAGCCAGCCCGGCCCAGGCCCUGCCCCUCCCGCCACCCCCGUUGGUGGACUACGCCGGCCUGAGGGCCUUCCUGCAGCGGGUGGAGGAGCCAGUCAUCCGCGAGCUGGACAAGAACUGGAAGAGCCAUGCCUUCGACGGCUUUGAGGUCAACUGGGCGGAUCCCACUGAAACGGUGUCCUGCACGCACAGCCUGUCAUACCCGGAAGCCCAGGACCGCAACCUGCAAGUGACUGGCGUCUCCUGGAACGCCACGGGGGCCGUACUUGCCUGCUCCUACGGCAGACUGGAUGACGGAGACUGGAGCUCUGAAAAAUCCUUCCUCUGCACCUGGAAUCUGGACCGCCGAGCGCUGAAUCCCCACCGCCCAGAUCUGGUAGUCGAGAAUCCCAGUGCCAUCAUGUGUCUCGCUUUCCACCCCCAGCAGCCUCGCUCAGCGCUGGCAAGAGGCCUGUUCAGUGGAGAGGUCCUGAUCUGGGACACCAGCACAGGGGAUCCCUUGGUUGUGAGGGACAGCAUGACUGACGAUACUCACACCGACCCUGUUGUAUCGGUAGGGACGGGGAGGGAACCCCCGGCGCCGCGCGCCUUCCGCGUCCUGAGCGUCUCCACGUACGGGAAGAUCCUGUUGUGGCAGGAAGAGAGGGACGGGCUUCCCCCCGCCAGCGGUUUCGCUUUUGUCCAGCAGCAAUUCCCCGCAGCACAAAGCUCAAGAAGCAUUCCUCGAGGAGACACAGUGGUGGGCGUGACCUCCCUCUCCUUCUCCCACUUCGAGCCCAGCGUCUUCGUCAGCGGCACGGAAGGUGGCUACUUGAUGAAGUGCUCGACCGCGGUGGAUACGGCCGCCCUCCUGCAGAAGGGCAGCUCCAUUCCCCUCCGGGCCCCCACCCAGUUCAGCUUUUCCUCCCACGGAGGUCCCAUCUACAGUGUCAACUGCUCACAUUUCCACAGGAAUCUGUUCUUGAGCGGAGGGACGGAUGGACAUGUUCAUUUACACUCAAUGCUGCAGGCUCAUCCACUGCUGUCCCUUCAGCUGUCGAAGAAGUAUAUUUUCAGCGUCAGGUGGUCGCCGGUCCGGCCCCUGGUUUUUGCAGCUGCUUCUGGGGAAGGGGAAGUGCAGCUUUUUGACUUUGCAAAGAGCUCCCAAAAGCCCUCCGUCUCAAUCAGGCAGACGCCCGACCAGGCCCCCGUCUACUGCUUGGAGUUCAACCCUCGGCAGACUCAGGUCCUUGCCGCCGGGGAUGCCAGCGGGACGGUGAAGGUCUGGCAGCUGAGUUUCGGAUUUCCGAAGAGGGGCCCGCGCGAGAUGAGCCAUCUCGACCAGCUCGCAAACGAAGUCACCGAUUAACAUGGCCAACCUUUGCUGAGUGUCUUUAACACAGAGAUGCUUCCAGUCAGGAAGCGAAAGUCUUGUUUGUGCUCGUGUGUGUGUGUGUGUGUGUGUGUGUGUCUGUGUGUGUGUUGGAGAAGGUUGUAAAUAAAGACGAAGUAAAACCACAAUUCUGAGUGCCAUUCUCUUUCAAGGCUUAGCGGAAGGGGCUUUGUUUUGUCGAUGGUGAUUUCUCUCUAUGCUCUGGAGGCGUGAACGAAGGAGUGAGAUUCAGCCGGGUUUGCACCGUUACAGCAAACUGGAUGU